AAACUGCGCUUCCUAGGGACUUUUUGAUUUAUGACCGAAGAGAUCCAUUUUGUCUACCAUCUUGAAUUUUCCUUUCUUGCUUCUUUCCGUUGAUGGUGCACGUGAUUAUUCAAGAUGUCGUCGCAUUUAAAUUGGAUGAUCAUCCGCAAUAACAAUGCCUUUCUUCUUAAGAAGCGCAACAUCAAUAAGCCAUUCUCCACGGAGCCCAAUAACUUGACCAACCUUAGCAGCUAUCGUUAUUCUGGUCUAAUUCACAAAAAGAGUGUUGGUAUAGUCGAUACUCCCGACAAAAAGGGAUUCACAAUUGUCUACAAGAAGGUACGAGCAGCCAAUAAGCCGGCAAAAUCUACUGUUAAAUGUACAAUGAAGGCUGGAGCUCGUCGUUCUUUGUAUAAACUAAAGAGGUUGCUCGUAAAAAACAAAUACCGUGUAGAUUUAACGAAGGUUGCAUUGCGUCGUGCUAGUGCUGUGUUGAGAUCGCAAAAGCCUUUACCUGCGAAGAAGACCCGUACAACCAAAAAGGCGGAUUAAUUUGUAUACAUUAAUAAACAUAUGUUUUAAUGUAAACUUA